CUAAUCUAAGCCUGAUUGACUGAUAUCCACUAGCUAGCGUCCUCUGUGCUCGACAACGUUACACGGAGCAAACAGUCGAAGCAGGAGUUUGGUCAGGAAGCCAAUAUUAUGGCUCUCGUGGAGGGACACAACGGCGUGCCGGAGGGAGCGGUCAGCUUCAGCGAGGAGCAGGAGGCGUUGGUGCUCAAGUCAUGGGCCGUCAUGAAGAAGGAUUCCGCAAACAUUGGGCUCCGCUUCUUCUUGAAGAUCUUCGAGAUAGCACCAUCGGCAAGCCAGAUGUUCCCGUUCCUGCGCAACUCCGACGUACCGCUCGAGAAGAACCCCAAGCUCAAGACCCAUGCCAUGUCGGUCUUCGUAUUGACAUGCGAGGCGGCUGCGCAGCUACGGAAAGCCGGUAAAGUCACCGUGAGGGACACCACCCUCAAGAGGCUGGGCGCCACGCACUUCAAGUAUGGCGUCGGAGACGCCCACUUCGAGGUGACGAGGUUUGCGCUGCUUGAUACGAUCAAGGAGGCGAUUCCGGCGGACAUGUGGAGCCCUGCGAUGAAGAGCGCGUGGAGCGAAGCCUACAACCACCUGGUCGCGGCUAUCAAGCAGGAGAUGAAGCCUACUGAGUGAUAGAUAUAUUUACCACAUCCCCCACUGCAUGUUCCUCGUCAUCGUCCGCUGCUAGCCGAUUAAACUUCGUUGCGUUGUGCUCGUUCAACAUUCAUCGCCGAUCCCAAAAGGAGUGUGUAUGUAAAGUUGAUCCAAUGAUCACCUGCUGGCUGCUGUUUUGUUCUUUGUGUUAGAUUUGAAAGUUGAAACGCUACACAGAAAUAAAGAUGGUUUUCUAUA